AUGAUCAUACUGAGUAUCGCCGCCGCGGCCUCACUGCUUGGGUUGAUCAAUACUACAGUUCUUCGGCUCCUCUCCUAUCCUUGCGUAGUCCUGUUCUUUCAGUGUUGUUGCGGGUUGCCCUUUAUCCAAUACACAGUGGGAUGUGUGUACGCGCUGCCUGACGAGCGGGCAGCGGCGGAAGAGAUGUUUGAUGAAGAGCACCUGCCUCUAGAGGACGAUCCUUUCGACAACGACGAGAACUCGUACUCAUUGGAUUCGAUUUGUGGACACAACGUUGUUAUCGUCUGCCUAUCCGCUGGCCAGAUUGGCAACAACCUAGCAGCUUCUGUAGCCAUCCAGAUGCGGGCGACGUUCAGGCAGCUCCGUUUUGGCUUGAUAGUGGGCAACGAUGGCGGCGUACCCAUCGUCAGCCAGCCGCACGGCACGUUUGGCGGAGUUGUGCAAUACGACAUGGGCAAGUCAACAACAGCCGGAUUCCAGCGUACAGGAGCACUGAAUUCACCACUAAAGUUCCUGCUAUCAGCCAUGACCAAACUACAGUCAAACGAGUCGAGAGGCCGAAGCAAGCGGAACGACUAUGUCAAGAAAGUGGAGGCAGUUCCAACCGGCAAGUUUGCGCGCAGCAACGCCGAUUUAGAUAUCUUGGUCGAGAAAGCGUAUAUGGACGAGAACGGGCGUUUCGUUGACAGUCGCCCACCACGCAACAGCGCACAACAAGUCGUGGUCCAUUAUGGCACCAUCGCCUCGGGCAACCCAGUGAUCAAGGAUGCUACUGUGAGAGACGAGAUCAACGUAGCACUUGGCGGCGGAGUGUUCCGCUUCGAAAUGGAGGCGGCAGGGCUAAUGAACAGCUUCCCAUGUCUUGUCGUGCGUGGAGUGUGCGAUUACGCGGAUUCGCAGAAGAGCGAUCUUUGGCAGCCUUACGCAGCGGCCACGGCGGCAGCGUACGCAAAAGAGCUUUUAUCAAUGAUUUCGUCCGGGGAUGUAGUCAACGUGCCGACAGUAGAUGAGACAAUCAUACUUGCAAGUGCCAAACCAACCUAUCACUUACCCUUUCAGAGGAACCGACGCUUUCGGCUCGUGGUAGACCAAGAUUGCCGGAAAAUGUCUAUUCUGGGGCUUGGUGGGACGGGCAAGACGCAGGUUGCGUUGGAGUUUGCGCACUUGGCAAACCUAGACAUUGCAGAAGCCUUCAAAAUACCAGAGGCGACGAUAAAAGAAGAAGACCCAAAGCAGCUGGUGAGACUGCGGCUGAGCUUAAGUCGAGCAAGACCUUGGCUGUUGACUGGUGACAAUGCUGAUGAUGCAGACAUCUUCUUCGGCACUGGACAGCAAAAGGGCAUUCACGACUACCUUGCAGGAGAGCGAAAAAGGAAUAGUGAGCUCGGAGCAAUGAGUCGGGAAGACGCAAAAGACUUUCUCGCCAAGUCAUUGACAAGAAAGGACCUUUUCCGCGACAACAUGACGACAACCGAGCUGUAUCUGUCGCUACUUCACAACACGGAGCAUGGCCUCGUCAGUGUUAUGAGCCGGGAAUUUUGUGAUGACACAUGGUACAAAGGUUCAGUGAAUGCAGUAGCAACGACAUGGGUGGUGCGAUUUAUCCAGAUCCGCAAGUACGACACAUUAGCUGCGGCUCUGCUCGAGCUCGUGUCUUGUAUAGAGUAGAAGGCCACACGAAUGGCGUCGCAGCAGGCGCUUGCAGUGCCAUACCGCGAAUGCGGGCUCCUCCAACUAAACGCAACACUCGCGGCCGGAAAAGUACUCUUCCGGCAAAAUAUGUAUAGCAACAAUUUGUCGCAUAGGUCUAUAGCGUACUCCAACAAAGUAUAUAGUCGCGAUAGCAACUGUGUGUGGUUCUACAGCUU